CCCCCAUUCGCUGGGUCCGCCCGCCCAGCCCUGCCCAGACUGCGGGAGCGCCGCGCCCACAGCCCGCCGGGCAGCCCCGGACAGCGCCGGCAGCCCCGCAGGCAGCGGGCAGCACCGGACAGCGCCCGCAGGUUCCCCUCUCAGAGACAGCCCCCACCGGGCACCUCAGCAGCGAGAUGAACCCCACCGUGGGCAUCGCUGUCAUCCUGACAGUCCUCCAGGCCGCCCACUGCCAGAUGAUCAAGGACCUGAGUGCCUGCCUGCUGGGCCAGAACCUGCGCGUGGACUGUCGCUAUGAGAACAAAACCGACAACCCCCUGACCUACGAGUUCAGCAUCACCAAGGACAACAGGAAGCACGUCAUCCACAGCACCAUCAGCGUCUCCGAGAACAUCUACCGGAGCCGAGCCAACGUCACCAUGCACAAGAACCUGGUGUGCCUCCACCUGCAGAGCUUCACCACCAGCGAUGAGGGCAUCUACAUGUGCGAGCUGAAGGCCACCAACGACUACACCGGCAACCAGAUAAAGAACAUCACUGUUAUCAAAGACAAACUGGAGAAAUGCGCCGGCUUCAGCCUCUUGAUCCAGAACACCUCGUGGCUCCUGCUGCUGCUCCUUUCCCUUCCUCUCCUGCAAGCCGUGGACUUCGUGUCCCUGUGAAAGGCGAAACGCACACACACACACACACACACACACACACACACACACACACACUCACAGCGCUCGCACACACACGCACGCACACACCGAGCACCCCAGCCACCCCGCCUUCCUCGCAGCCCCUGGAAAGAGAAGCUGAAGCGUCUGGAAGCCGUGAAACCUCUCUGUGUUAUCUCUAUUUAGCCGUAUAUUUACGCUAACCACCGUCCCGUGCCGAGGCCCACCAUCCCACGCACACGCGCCCCGCUCCGAAGCAUGGUGGCUCUGCUAGGCAGCGUUGCUUCUCCCAUCGCUCCUCCCCGCUCCGUAGGCUGGCUGGUUUGCUUGUGCUGGGAGCACUGGAGGCCUCAGCCUCGCUUGUCCCAUCCCUUUAACUCUUGGGGUUUGCCUGUUCUCAACUGGGGAAAGACAGCUGGAUUGGCAGGUAAGAGAGGGGGGUGAUGCGAGAGCGUGUGGAGGGUGCCCGUGGUGGGUGCUGUGCCUGUGGCCCCUGGAGGUGACAGGGCUCUUGGUGUCCCCACCCGCCCUGCCUGCCUCACCCUGCUCCUCUCACCCUGAGCUGCCACGGCUGGGAGAGGGCACAGAAUGACUCAGUGAAUGGGGAGCCAUGGGACGCUGCUGGGCCUGGCAGGCUGGGAGGAGAGAGGGGAGCAGGUCUAGGAGACACCAUGAACCCCCCCUGCCUCCUUAGGGCUCCUCUGGGACCCUGGGAACGGGCUCAGUGCAAAUGUGCUUCGGCAACAAGUUUUUCCUAAUCUAUUUCUUACAGCUGAGCUGGAAGUGAGGCCUCCUCCAGACACCAUCUGGUACCUUUGGGCUGCCCAAGCCAGAGACACCACUCGCUCUCCCCGGGGACCAGCCCUUAGCUGUGACGAGAGAAUUGCUGCCAGCACCAGUGGAGGCAAGCAGAGCCUCUCUGAGCUAGCCACAGCCCCACUGCCCUCCCCAAGCCCUCAGAGCUGUGCCCGGGCUGGCUGGUGAGGAGGGGGUUCCCCUCUGGGAGCGUGACCCCAAGGUCUCUGCAGGGACUCCUCUGUAGGGGCACUUUGUCUUCCCGAAGGGAACAUCUGGAGCUAUCCCCAGCCCUUCCUCAUGGAGAGGCAGAGCAGUCUUCCUCAAAUCCCACCGUGCUCCUGGGAGGAGCCCGUGUGCCCCCUCCCCUCUCCCUCCUCCCUUUCAGCAUUUCCCCGUCUCCCUUUAAGAGCAGCAAAGGACCGAAGGGCAGCCCACAACCUCAGCAAGGCCAGGAUGGUGCCAGGGGUUGGCGAGAGCAGGGACAGGGAUGGCCAGCACAGCUCAGAUCUGCCAGCCCAGGGCUGCCCACGGGACCCCGAGGAGCCUCACCCAGGGGAGGGCACAGGGAAAGGAAGAGGCAGGAGCAUCCAGCUGUGCCACCCGUGCAGCCCGGGCUGUGCCACCACGGCUGAGAGCAAUACACAGCAGCUGCUCCCCACUCCUUGCUCCUCUCCAGAGCUGCUUCCUACCCCUGUGCCCGUCCCCUGCCCAUCCCUGCCUGCUUGCUUGCUGUCUAGUGCUGCUGAGGCCGUGCCCAGCUGAGGCCUGGCUGUGCCCAGCUCCCUGGGCGUGCUGGUGAGCGCCGGGGCAGGCGCAAAGCCCAACGGCAGAGCGCGGACGCGGCUCGAGUCUCAUUUUUUUGUGAACAUUUGUAGUUAUUUCCACAGCUUGUCGUCAAAGAAAUUCUGUUAAGGGAAAAGGGAAAAAAAAAAAAGGAAAAAAAAGAACCCUAUGAAAAGCAACAAGAAAAAAAAGACCACCUUACCAUCCAAGGAGUGUUUCUCUGUCUGCACAAUAAAACCCUACCUAGGUUCUGUGUUGGA